AUGGACGUCAUCUGGAGUCGUCAUUACGGUUUAGUCGAAAAAUUAUCGCUGUUCACCGGUAUGUGGCCGUACCUGAAGCCGAGAACGAGAUAUCUUCGUAUCGGUUUGAUGACCAUAACCGCAGUAGCCUUAUUUGUCCCGCAGGUCGCGUACCAAAUUAAGUGUGAAAGAGAUAUACAAUGUAUCCUCAAGUCGGUGCCAACACUUUCGUUCAUGUUCGUAGCCAUCGUGGCGUUGUAUACAUUCCCAAUAAAUAUUUCUAAGAUCAAACAUCUUAUCGAACGCUUGUUCAUCGACUGUGAAGAAUUGGAAACACCCGAAGAGAUCGAAAUAUUCAAGUCGCAUGCUAUGUUUUGUAAACGUUUCUCUGCGAUUUAUUCAGCGUAUUGCUUCUUAGGGGUAUACGGAUUUACGUCUGUAAGCCUUGUGCCACCAAUACUCGAUGUUCUAAUGCCGCUCAACGAAUGUCGCCCUGUGUUACUACCAAUCCCUGUAUACUAUUUUGUGGACAGUAGACAAUAUUUGAUUUACAUUUACGGAUAUGCUAUUGUCUCUUGCGGAAUAUGUAUGACCGCUUUAGUCGCACACGACUGCAUAUUCGUCACCUAUAUCGAACACGUUUGCUGCAUGUUCUCUAUACUCGGGUUCGUGAAACUUGUUGAAAAAAUCUUUACCAUACCUUUCGCUGUACAAUUAUUGAUACUUGUCAUAUCGUUAAGCUGUACCUUAUUACAAAUCACACAGCAGGAAGCUGGUGGUUUGGAAAUGACCAGGUACGUAUUCCACGUGAUGGGUCAACUGUUUCACUUGUUCUGUCUUAGUUUUGAAGGACAGAAACUGAUAAACCACAGUCUUGAGAUGCGCGACAAGAUAUACGGUAGUUCUUGGUACGAAACAUCCAUUAAAUCACAGAAGCUGCUUAUUCUGAUGAUGCUACGGAGUUUUCGACCGACUUUUUUGAGCGCCGGCGAAAUUUACGUUUUUUCGUUGGAGAGCUUCACUACGGUCGUCCAAACUUCAAUGUCAUACUUUACGGUUCUCGCGUCAUUUCAAUAG